UAGUUUGAGCCCGUUUUGAGUGUCGUUUUAUUUGUUUUAGCGUAUAGGUCCAUUCAAGGUACCAUUCUCUCCACCAUUCCCAGGUGCAUACCAACUUCUGCCUCUUCAUGCCGCUGUAUGACUACAUGGGGGGCACGAUGGAUCCGCAAUCGGAGCGGCUACAUUCGACUGCUAGAGGAGGCAGGAAACCAAAGGUGGAUUUCGUCUUUCUCGCUCACGGGACGGACAUUCUCUCUAUACUGCAUUUGCCAUUCGCCUUCCGAACGCUGUCUUCUUAUGCAUAUCGGCACCAUUGGUACACGAUCGUCCUGUGGCCGUUUGUGAAUGAAGCACUCAAUGGUGGAGGGGUCGUCUUCACGAAGAAACAUGAGGAUCUAAAAGUGAGGGUGGUACAUGGGAACACUCUAACAGCUGCUGCACUGAUCCAUCAGCUUCCACAAGGUGUGAAGGCGGUCUUUCUGGCUGGCGGUAGCUCAAAGCUUGGGCGAGCUAUUGCUCUUUAUCUCUGCAAGAGGAACGUCCAUGUUGCGGUGUUAACACAGUCCAAGGAUAGGUUCCGGAGCAUGCGCUCCGAGCUACCAGAGAAAUAUGCCCAGUAUAUGAUCCAAGCAGAGACCUGUAAAGAUGGCAGCACAUACAAGCAUUGGGUUGUAGCAAGAUGGCUGUCCUCUGAAGAGCAGAAGUUUGCUCCUCCAGGGGCACAUUUCUAUCAGCUUGCGGUCCCACCAAUCGCGGAGUUGCGGAAGGACUGCACAUAUGGGGCCCUUAUCGGGAUGCGUCUGCCAAAAGGAAUCGAAAACCUUCGGACUUGCGAGAUGACAAUGGAAAGGGGGGUUGUGCAUGGGUGUCAUGCUGGUGCUCUUGUGCACCUACUGGAAGGGUGGGACCACCAUGAAGUUGGAGCCAUUGAUCCGGAGCGAAUCGACGUCACAUGGGAGGCGGCAAUGCGUCUGGGUUUUCAACUUGCUUGAGAAGACAGCUUGAUCGUAGAGAAGAGAAUGAAAGAAGAGCCCUGGGGGGGGGGGGGGGAGGGGGAGGUCAGGUCAGGAAUUUGACUGGACAACAACCCAAAAUGAGAUCACAAAAAGACGCCUACUGGGCCUCCCUUUUCUUUUUUUCUUUUUUUACAAAAAUGAGCCUGCUACUACGGGGGAUGGUGAGAGCAUACCCACCUAUAUAGUAGCCCGGCCUUGUGCUGCAAUCUAUUGGCGGGGCGCCGCACCUGCUCGAAACCAAUUUGCCAUAGUCCUGCGUCCCAUUUGAUCAUAGUGAUAUACUGAAAACAUCACUUGCCACAUAAGAAAGAAAAAUGGUACAUGCUACGCCUAUUGAGAAAAACAAAAGAAAGCAAUGAAAAGACAACCCGAGAGGGUGCUAGGGUUGCAUCACCUGCUGGAAACCGGGUCCAGCGUCCCAUUUGUUGCAUAUCGUUGGGAAUGUCUUAUGCUGGGUAAAAAAGAGAAGACUGAGAAAACAAAAGUUGGGAAAAAUUUAAGAAAGACAGAAAGGGCAAACUGAGCAAUUGUCUGAGGAAUCUGCCUAUCUGUCUCUGCACCUUUUCCCCCAUAGCACAGUGCCCUGUCAUCUAAAGAGACAGUCGGGCUCAGUGUCUUCUUACCCUUGUCUGGCUAUACCCCUUCCCGCACCUCUGUCUCUCAUCUCCCCCAUCCCCCUUUCUCAAAAUGUCCUGGCCUCUCUCAGAUGACUCUGCCUCAUCAGAGUCCUAUCAGGUGUGUGGUGUCUAACAUACUUGUCCGGGAAGGGAAGGAGGAACAGGGUCCUGAGAAGUGGGUGGCUUCCCUCCGCCUGCUGGGUCUCAGGAGGGUGGGGGUCAAAACAAGCCGUCAGCAUUGGAUAAAAAAAUCUAAUGAUCCUUUCUUUGGUGCAUUUUGGGCGCAACAUCCUCCUCACUGUGGUUGACGGAGUAUGACGUGGAAGCGUCAGAUUAUAAAAUAAAAUAAAAUAAAAUAAAAAAG